UUUUUUGCUUGCAGUAUCGUUAACAUAGUACGUUACCCUAUACUGAUUUAUACAGGUCUGAGAGAGUGCUGGAUGAUUUUUGCGGUCUCUUGCACAAUUAGCUUUGGUAUCUAACGUUUGCAGUAUCCAGAGACAGUUCUGCUUUCUGGUCGAUGGCGACGUUUCAGCUGAAACACACGCACACGUACACAAUUGGUGUUACUUCGCACGAAGCUUCAUUCAAACUCUCCCUUGCGCUGGCAGAGAGGUCGAAGCUAACCCCAGAACGACAAGGUGCACUGUUUUUACAUUCAUCAUUAUUGCCGCUUUCAGCUGAGGAUACAGAUGAACCAGCGGCGCAGCUUGUACGGAUGUCAGUCCACCUAAACUAGACAGUAUGACUCCCAGUCCCCUUGGUGCUCAGUUGCGCCCCCUCUCUGAGCUGUGGUGAGGCACAGACUCUCGCAGGGAUGCGACUGUCGGCCCGGCGGGUGGCGUGGGGGCUCCUGUGCCUGGCGGGCGCCUGCGGGCUGGUACGGCUGUGCCAGCGGGCGCUGGAGUGCCCGGGCCGGGGCCGGAGCGGGCGGGGCGUGUCGGUGCUGGUGAGGGACUGGCGGCAGACGGAGUACCGGUACGGGCAGGACACCCCGCUGGUGUUCGUGGGGGGCGUCCCGCGGUCGGGGACCACGCUGAUGCGGGUCAUGCUGGACGCCCACCCGGAGAUCCGCUGUGGGGAGGAGACCAGGGUGAUCCCGCGCCUCCUGGCCCUGCGGCAGGCCUGGGGGAGGGCCGGGCAGGAGCGCCAGCGGCUGGAGGAGGCGGGAGUCAGCCAGGAGGUGCUGGACUCGGCCGUCUCCGCCUUCCUGCUGGAGAUCAUCGCCCGGCACGGGGAGCCCGCCCCCCUACUCUGCAACAAGGACCCCUUUACCCUCAAGAGCGCCGUCUACCUGUCCCAGAUCUUUCCCAACUCUAAGUUCCUGCUCAUGUUGCGUGACGGCCGAGCGGCAGUACACUCCAUGAUCUCCCGGCGCGUGACCAUCGCAGGGUUCGAUUUGUCCAGCUACCGGGACUGCCUGACCAAGUGGAGCCGGGCGGUGGAGUCCAUGCUGGCGCAGUGCGUGCAGGUGGGCGCGGGCCGCUGCCUGACCGUGCGCUACGAGAGCCUGGUGCUGCAGCCCCGCGCCACCAUGCAGGGAGUGCUGCGCUUCCUGGGCAUGCCCUGGCACGAGGGCGUGCUCCACCACGAGGACGCCAUCGGUCAGCCCGGGGGGGUAUCCCUGUCCCGCAUUGAGCGCUCCACAGAUCAGGUGAUCAAGCCUGUGAAUCUAGAAGCUCUGACUCGCUGGGUGGGCCACAUUCCAGCCGACGUCUUGGCAGACAUGGCUGAGGUUGCUCCAAUGCUGAGCCGACUGGGCUACGACCCCAACGCAAACCCGCCCCACUACGGCCAGCCAGACCCUGCAGUGGUCAACAACACUGAGAGGGUAAUGAAAGGAGACUUCAAAACCCCAGCUAAUUUGAAAGGACAGCCACCAGUGUUCAUCAAUGGCUCUGAUACAGAGGGUUGAACAGGUCAGUGCCUCCAAAAUGGAUCUGCAUCGCAGCCUGGAUCGUUCCACCUCAGAGGGGUGCACGCCAGUGGUCCCAACACCAGGAAACCUGCCUGACAGCCUCCUAGCGCACGAGGCCACCCCAGUUGUGGUACAAAAGGGUGGAAGGUUCUGGAGACUAUUCUUUUGUUUUUAUAUUUGUUUUGUACACUGACGUCAUUUAGGGCAAUUCCUUCAGCAGAUCUCUUGAACUUAAUCUUCCUCACCUUUUCCAUUUGUGUUCUGCUUGCAGCAUGUCUGCCACUCUUCUUUGUAAUUAAUACUGGUGGUUUGAUAGAAGAGAAGUGACUACUACACGAAGGCAUAUGCCCAAGUGUGUAGAGUGUUGGACUGCAUCUUGGUAUAGGCUUAACUAACUUUCAUUGCUAAAAUCAACUGGACUCGCCCCCUAGACAUCCCUCUGGCACUUCUUCACCCCACCCACUCCUUAGCAAACAUCCGUCUUUUUAUCUUUUUAUCCCUUCUCUGUGCUGUCUGUCAUUACUCACUCUUUCCAAGGGUAAAAUUUGUAGACUGUGCAAGUGCGUGGAGCUUAGAGACGACAGUCAAAGUUUAACUCUGAGAGUGACAGAGAUAAGGAGGUUGAUGUGCUAAAUGCCUGAAAAUGUGCGUGCCUUGACGAGCUGUUGUGGUGGAUGGAAACGUAUGCACUAACAUACAGCCCUCUCCUCCCAAUUUCACUGGGGAAAUUGAGCUCUGGAAGAGUGGCUCUCCUUGUACUGUAGAUGGUUGGUUCGUAUGCUUUUAUGUGAGCUCUGUCGUGCAGUUUGUGUCUGUACAAUUUAACUUUAAAACAAGAAAAAAAUGCAGGAUAGCACUGGGAAGACCUUUUUUUUCUUACUUGUAAUAACCCCAAAUGUGCUCCUAAAAAAUAGAUCUAAAUGUUUUUGUUUGGAGGUGAAUAAUUUGCUAAUCAUGUCCCUGUGAAGUAACAGUUUGUGAAAUAUGGCAAUAUAUGACACAUUUGCAUAAAUAUUUAUUUAGAUUAAUUUUAGAGACACAUUCUUUAAAAAAUAAUUCAGAAUUCAACGACGAAGACCUGCAAUCCCUCCUAUUUUCAGUGUAAGGACAGGUUAUUUUUUGCAAUUAUAAUAUGACAAUAAUGACUCCCAUCACAUGAAAAAUUCUUUGUAAUAAGUGUGCGAUUGUGGAUGAAGUUUAUGGGAGUGCUUUCCUCCAUUAUGCAUAAGAAAAACAUCGGAGCAGCCUAUGAUCACUGUACUCAUUCACCAGCUGCACAGUGUGGACCAAUCAUUUAGAACAUAUUUUCACCCAGAUUCACUUCUUCAUAGAGAUGAGAGCACGAAUCAGUUUCACCUUGAAAGCCAGCAAUUUUGGAUUCUAGUUGACUGUUGUUUCUCUUGAAGUAAUCUGCACAAUGAUGCUCUUUUUAAUUUAUUCCUUCACAAAAAAGCAAUAUAGAAAUGAACAGCUUCAUUUGAUUUAAACCACACUUACAAUAGUCUGCAUUUUUAAAGAUUUUAUCUCCCCCCUCCAAUUUUACUUUUUCCCCCCAAUUUGAAAUAACCAGUCAUACUUUAUAUGCUUCUCAUCACUGCAAUAUAACCCAUUUAUUUUUGAACAGCAUUGACUAGCACGUGCAUUGACUGAAUUAGUCAGCUCAGCUGCUGCAUAGCCAAUUUGCUGGUGGACUGCAUUGCUUGUGUAGCUGGCACAGGCAGACCGCAAACACCAAGACAAGUUGCUUUUGUUCAGAGAGCCCGGGAAAUCCUGCUGACCGACACCUUCCCUCGCUGAAUAAUGUUAUGCCCAAUCUUGCACCAUCCUACCGAUGGCGCUUAGACUGAGUGCUGUAAUUGGACGUGCCACAGGAUAGCCUUCAACAAUAAGCAUUUCAGGUGGUUGUGGGGAUGGAUUUGAGAGGCAUAAGUACUUGACUGGCUAGUGAAACCUUGGUUGCUUUUUUUUUUUUUUUUUUUAAUGUGUUUAUUCCCUCACAAAAUCACAAAUGCCAGCUUGACCAUCCUUGGACCUACAGCAACAAAAGGAUGGCUGGUUUAAAUGCACAAGAAGAGUGUGAGUGUGUGAGAGAGAGAGCGAGUGAGAUAUUGUGUGCAAAUGAGUCAGUGAAAGCACUUAUCAGGUCUUUAUACAUUCUUCUGUUUACUUGUACUCUCUCACAGGUUCACUUGUGAAAUACAUUCAUUAAAAUAAUUUUUUUAAAUGUAAAA